AUGGCUCCGUUUAUUGGAAAUGUGGCAGAUCAUACUGGUGUAUUAACGACGCUUGGUGGUGCUGUUUGCUUCUUCUUUCUUCUCAAGUAUGCUACAGCGGGUCCCAGAGCGGCCGUUGCACCUCUGUUUAAAGUCAACCAUGAUCCGUCGGUGAAGUUCGGGCACAAGUCCAUUUCAAGUAUUGUGGCCUACACAUACCCUAGAUUUCGAGAGCAAGUCUUCAGGUUAAAAGAGCACUUUGGAGAAAUUGUAGUCAUUCCCCCAAAGUUUGUCGAUGAGCUGAAAGCUGCCCCUGAGACCGUUUUGAGCUUCCAGUAUCUCGCCCGAGAGAGAUUUUUCGCCCGGUAUACCUUACUUGUCUCACUUGUGGACCAUCCAGAUGACAAUACGGUUAUCAAGAGUAUCCAAAAUGACCUCACAAAGCACCUUGGUAAGGUGGUGGCGGAUGUCGAGGAGGAAGUUAGCUAUGCAUUUGCAAGUGAGAUUGAAGCUUGUGAGGAAUGGACUCCAAUAUUCCCCGCCCAUUCGCUAUUACGCGUUAUUGCGCUUGCAUCAGGCAGGAUCUUCGUUGGUAGCAGCCUUAACCGUAACAAAGAUUACCUGGACUGCAUUGUGAAUUUCACGAUUGACAGUAUGAUGGGGGGGGAAGCCCUCCGUGCCUACCCCUCCUUCCUUCGGCCUCUUGCUCAAUGGUGGAUUCCAGGACUUAAGCGCUCCAGGGCGAAACUUCAGGCCAUGAAGCGCCUUAUUUGCCCCAUUAUCAAGCAACGGGUCGCAGCCAAGGGCAACAAGGCGAGCCAGGUGCCAGACAUGCUGACCUGGAAUAUCAAUAACUCCCCCCCGAAGCUGGUCAGCGACAUCGACUACCAGGCCCACAACCAACUCAUCGUCAGCGCCGCAGCCAUCCAUACAACUAACAUGCAGCUCAGCCACGCCCUAUUCGACCUUGCUGCCCACCCAGAGUACAUCGAUCCUCUGCGAGAGGAAGUGGCGGCAGUGAUCGCCGCAGAACCUUCGGGCACCAUCACUAAGACCAGCAUGCCCAAACUGCGGAAACUAGACAGCUUCAUGAAAGAGUCCCAGAGGACAAACCCACUGGGGCUGUUGACGUUUGAGAGGAGAGUGAUGUCUGACCUGACCCUCUCCAACGGGAUCCAAAUUCCAAAAGGCAACUAUAUCGGAACACCCGCCAGCGCUAUCGCGCGAGACCCUGACUUUUGGCAUCAGCCAAAUGUUUUCGAUGCGUUCAGAUUCGAGAGACUGCGUCGUGAACCCGGGGCUGACAAUAAACACCAGUUUGUCACCACGGGUAUUGACUCGCUGUAUUUCGGGCAUGGGAAGCAUGCCUGUCCAGGGAGAUUCUUUGCAGCGUAUGAGAUCAAGUUAAUCCUUAUACAUCUGAUUAUGAAGUAUGACGUGAAGCUUCCUGAUGGGGAGGCGCGGCCAGCCAAUAUUGAGAUGAAUUCGGGGGUUAUGGCGAAUCCUACUAAGACUAUCUUGUUGCGGAAGAGAGCUUAG